AUGGCCCAACCCACUCCAGAAAUUGCCGUGCUACCGGACUCAACUGGGAAGGAGGUGAAAGAAAAGGUGGCGGAGAGUGAGGGGGGCGCGGUGGAAGGCGCUGGGUCAAAGUCGGUUGAGGGUUCAUCGUCAACUCCUUUCGUGGCAGGAGCCGAUCCACAUGCGGAGAAGACUCCCUCAACAGACUCCCAGCCAAGCGGACCUCCAUCUCGUCCCUCUCUCGUCCCUUUGGGUUCAGGCCAUGCCCAGACCGCUUCAUCGACACCAGUUGCUCCUCAUCCCAAGCGCUUCAGCGCCGUUAACAUCAAUAAGAAGUUUCUUGAGAAGAACACGGCGUCUGGUUCCGCUACCACCUCUUCUUCGUCAUCUAUUACGAAGUCAGGAAGCCCUGCUACAAGGCCCGCCACCCAGCCCAACACAUCACAUUCACGCCUCGUCACUGCGAAGCUAACCGCGAGCCCGGCUGUCUCCUCAACUGCAGGAUGGUCCAGACCAUCGUCUGUUGCACCUUCUCCAGCGACAGUAACCAACUCUCCGAGCAGUACAUCGCCACUACCCACCCCGUCCACCCUUUCGUCGAAUACAGCGGCCCCGCAGCUGCCUCAUGCCGGAAAAGUCAUUCAACCACAACCUCGAACCGCUACUGCGCCCUUGGGGUCAUUGCAAAAAGAAUCCAGCAGCAAACCAGUCUGGGGUAACGUUAAGCCACCCUCGGCUGUCCCAAUUCGGCCAGAUAUCGAACCAAGCGAUUUCCCGACGGCUGCAGAAGUAGCAAAUGUUCCAGCGCGCAAGCAACCUAAGGCUGAAGAUUCUAAAGGUGUCUUGGACUCUACGAAACAACUGAGAUCGGAAGAAGCGGACACGUUCCGCGGAGUUCAUUUGGAUCCAAAUGCCCAUCACUGGGAUGAGAUGGAGGAGGAUAAUGACAACUUCCUUGCUGACGUAAUUGAAUUUGGAGAUGGACGCCAGUAUAAGGUUGAGUCUAGUGACGCACAGCAGAUUGAUUCAAAUUCUGCCCCAGUAGCCAAAGAAGACCGGUUUGUUGACGACUUCGACAGGAGUUGGCCCAGGUCAAGAGAUUCGCCUGGCUCCGGUUCGCGAGAUUUCCCUCCAGCGUCCGCGCAUUCAGCAAGCCCCAACGUGUCGCCUGUGAACCUCAUCGCCCGGGUCAAGGACCCUUUGGCUCAAGACGUCCGAGCUAUCCGGAAGGCAAUGGACCUCCUGGAGAACCCCAAAGAAGCGCAAGAGAUGGUCCUCACAACAUUCAAUUCCAGCAGCGGCGGCCUGGGUCCAUCGGGUUCUACUGGGUUCACUGGCGGACACCGUGAUAGAGAACUGCCGAAUCGACGCGAUGGCCCUCCUCUGAGCCCACGCUUUUCGCGGGACCAGGAUCGGGAAUUCAACGAUAGAGGACGAAAGUCGACUAUGGGACCUCCUCCGUUACCUCUGCAUGCGCGGCACCCUCAAGAUGGCGGCAGACAACUCCCGCCUCAUCUUUCACAAGCCUCUCCGAAGGCCCCUCAGAGGAGGCUCUCUUCGCGCGAUUCGGGCUACCAACCUUCAGAACCGCCAUUAUCUGCUAGUCUACCUCCGUCUGCCUCCUCGAAGAUUCCUCCGCAAUCCCCGGCAACGUCGCACAAGUCCCUGAUCUCGCCUGCUUCCGCAGUCAGCGUUCUACCUUUGACGGCCCCAGAGCUAGACGAGGCUCGGAAAGACGUGAUGCAUACGGCGGCUGCUCGAGCUAAACAAAGGCGAUUAGAGGAGGAACAAGAACGGGAGUCCCAGAAAGAGAGGGCGCGACGCAAAGCCGCCGAGCUGGAAGCGAAGAUGAAGGCUGAGGAGGCGAAGGCGAAGGCGGUUAAGGAAAAGGAUGCGAUUGCUGUCAUUGAAGAGGCUGUUAAGAACGUCGAAAAUGGGGAAGCGGCUCCUGAGGAAGCCCAACUGACAUCCACCAAGCACUCGUUGAAGCGGCCCCCUUCAUUGAGAGCUAUACCCCCGGUUUCGCCAUCUGAUACCCUUCGUUCAGUUGGACCGCGACGAAUGGGGACAAUUCCACCCCGGACUGGACUUCCAUUAACACCUGUUGCAACACCCGCCACCCAAAGCGAAUCCUGGCGAGCCAGAGCUGGGCCCCUUCCACCACCGCCAGCAUCUCAGCCGCCGAAACAAAUCCAGCCGCGGUUGUCGACGUCUACGAACUUUGUUGCAUCGGGACCUUCAGCGGCGGAACAAGUGGAAACAAUUGCAGAUGGCUCAAAGGAUGACCUCGAGGUCGUUGAUUUCUCAGACUUGGGCAAGUUCAUUGGCGUGCCAGAAUCCAGCCAGUCGCCCAAAGAGCCUGCUACGGAGGCUAGGUCAGGUCCUACCAUACUCCCUCGCACUUCCCGACCUGUUGCCAGUGACUUUUUCGACGAGCCUACCGCAGCAGACGUCUCGACAGUGGCUUCCAAGAAGGCUGAUUUUGGAGCGUGGAGAAAACGGGUAUCGCAGGAUGUCAACGAGCCACUGCCAGCGCCGCCGUCAACUCAGGACGCAAAGGUUGAUGUAGUCAGUGAGGCACAGGUUGAGAGUGCGACGCAGACCUCGACCUUCACGCAGUCUCAACCGCUACCUGAAGACUCCGUUGCUCCUGAGGCCUCGAUGGCCUCAACGAAGGUACCUCUCAGUCAUGUGGACAACUCGCAUGGAGGGCAGACGGUGCAUGUACCACCCCAUUUCAGCAAUUCGCCACGCACUCCUCGCAGCCAGACAUUUUACAGAGAGUCUGCCUUGUCGGCCUUGGACGACGCAAUGUCGAGGAUCAAGGGUGUCCUGCAUGACAUGCAUGUCCCCAAAGAACCUAGUCUCAGCGAAACAGAAGUUCAGCCUCCCAGAGUCCAACUUGGGCAGACCUCUUCGCGUCCUGUCGUCAAAGAAAGAUGGGUUCCGCCUGCUCUUCGAGCUCGGAAAUACGACGAUGGCGAUGAGCCACGGGAAGAAUUUUUGGUGACAAUCGUCGAACCUCCGCUAUCGCCUCCUGGAACCAGCAUCGUUGUCCGACUACCGUCCGUAUCUCGUCCAGUAGGCUUCAUACAUCAGAGACAACUUCAUCCUUUCUGGAGAGCGCCGUAUCAACCUCGCAUGGACAUCCUUUCUUUUGAUCCACCUGUUUAUGACAUGCGCCGGGACUUGUCAAUGAACAACGUCCUUUUCCGGAAACCUCCACCAGGUGCCAAAGGAAAGUAUAAGUACCGCGUAUACCUUCCAAGAUCGCGAGGGCCUAGAGUCCAUAUGCCUCAGACUGGUCCCGCAGGCAAACCUAAUGGCAGUGGUGCGUUUGGACGCCCUACUGUUGCAGAUGGCGCCAGUUCCUGGCGAAAGCCCGCUGUUUCCCCAGCAACGCAGCGUCCCUCCGUUCCCGAAGAACCCUCUGGUCUCGACAUAAUGAGCCGCUCGCCGCCUCCCGACAUCAAGCCCUCCGAUGUUGUCGUCGCAUCGAUACCAAAAUCCUCAGAGAGUUCGCCAACGAAGUCUGAAAGCAGUCAAGGUGCGCGCUCUCGAUUGCAACCCAAGAUGCCCGAAGGCUCUUCCGUGGCUUUCUUGCGCGACUCUCGCGUUGACGUUGUCGUAACGGAUGCGAAGCCUCUUGUCAAUUUCAUCAUUGGCAGCCAGUUGGAGGAUUCUACUCGUUCAACCGCUCCGAAGACGCCUGAAGGUCGACAAGUACCACUACCAUCUGCUGCGUCUGAGGUGAAGCCGGAAUCCCGCAAACCAGUUUCAAACGGUCUUAUCAAGUCUUCCUCCGAAGACGAGGGGCCUAAUCUUUCGAGUUCCUCAAAGGUUGAUUCAGUGGAUCCUGUCCUGAUUACCCCUCCCAGCCAUCGUGCUCAUGACUCAUGGGCUAGGUCCUCUGUGAGCUUGGCGGUCAAAGAAUCGCCGUCAAGGGCACCAGACCCCGAACUCCUGAAGGCAGUAUGGUCACAACCUCCAAACAAAGCUAGCAUUCAACCAGUAAAUUCUCUCGAAGGUAUAGCAGAUGACUUGGCCUUUCCUCUCUUGUUGCAAGACGUCAAGCCUGAGGAGGGCGGCGAAACCCCUCCUCCUUCGCUACCCAGUGUACCUUCUCGCAUGUCUCUCCAUGACGUUACGAGGGCUUUCCAACAAGUGCCUACAUCAUCUUCAUCGACUAACCAACUUCCCCAUCGUGAUAGAGCUGCGAUUUCUCCUCCCUCCACAAACGCUCCUGUUGCCCGACCCACCCCCGCUGCAUACACAUAUUCACCAGCUCCCGGUCCCCAAAACAACAUGCGGCCUGCAUACCCAUCUUACCCUUCCCCGAUGAUGAGCCACUCUCCAGCCCCUGUGAUGUAUGGACAUCCCAGCCCUGUACCUAGUCAGAUGCAUGCGCAAGUGAAUGGGCACGCCCCGAUGUAUGGCCAACCGGUCUGGAUGCCGAUGCCUGCACCUGCACCUCAGCCCCAACACGCGAACAUGAUGCGACCGGUACCUUCGCCCUAUCCUGCUCAAAUGAUGACCUACGCUUCACCUGGAUAUGCUCCGCAACACCCUCCUCCGAACAUGAUGCCUCGCACGCCUCAAGGUCCGAAUGCAGGCCGUGGCCGCGGCAUGCUCGUCAUGAGCCCUGUCGUGUCGCAUGCCCACGCACAUCCGGGGACGAUGUACACUGGAAGUCCUGUCAUGAUGCAUGCUGUUCCUGUUCCUCAAAACCAUGCUUAUAUGCCUAUGCCAGCUGGUCGUGGUCAGCCACCUCGCCCUGAAAACGGCCAACUACUUCAACACCCACCCCCGCCCGGCAACCAUCCUCCCUCACAUGGCGGGUUCAAUCCUGCUCCUCCCUCUCAAUUUGUCAGGUCGGCAUGGUGA